ACCAGUAGGCCCAAGUCGGCACAGACAACUACUGAACACACAAAAUAUCACUUGUGCCAUCAAAUCUUUUUCGUGGCUGAGAGUUCGCCACGUGUCGUCCCACAACUCGUCAGCAGAUAGAUUUCCCUUCCCUUCUCUCUCCUUGACAUGUUGGAUAGAUAGAGCUUCACACCUCUCUCUGCUUAUUCCCAACCCACACCACUAGUUUUUAAGCCUAGUCACCACUACUAUUAUUUUUUCUAGAGAGAGAAAAUAAAAAAAUAAAUAAUAAAAUUUAAAGGAAUGGGAAUUUUACAAGGCGCCGGUAAGUUCUUUCCGGCGGGGCUGAACGUGGUGGCGAAGCCAUGCGACUACUGCAAGUCGGCGGCGGCGCUUCUCUUCUGCCGCGUGGACUCCGCCUUCAUGUGCAUACCUUGCGACGCCAAGGUGCACCGCUCCUCCUCCGCCGCCGGCGGUCUGAAACACGAGCGCGUGUGGAUGUGCGAGGUCUGCGAGCAGGCCCCCGCCGUCGUCACGUGCAAGGCGGACGCCGCCGCCCUCUGCGUCACCUGCGACCGUGACAUCCACGCCGCCAACCCUCUGGCCAGCCGCCACGAGCGCGUCCAGGUGGUCCCCUUCUACGACACGGCGGAGUCCGUCAUGAUGAAGUCCACGGCGGCGGCCGCUCUUCUGCUCCCGCCCGUCGGCGACUGCAACCACAGCAGCAUAUUCGCCGCCGCCGCUCCUCCUCCUCCUCCUCCUCCUCCUCACAUGGAGCAGCAGAAUGCCUACAUACCAGAUUCGUGGAUUUCCAUGAACCCGAUUAUUACGGCGGCGAAGCUAAUUCCAGCGGAAAAUCCUGAUUUGAAAUCCAUGGAAUUGUUGUUCCAGGAUUCCGACCAGUUCCUGGAUUUCGACAACUACCAGAUUUCUUCACAGCCUUUCACCGACAGCGUUGUCCCAAUACAGACAGCAACAAUCGAACCGCCGGUUCCGGCUCGAUUGGGCCACGAGCAUUCGCCGGAAGACCGGUUCGAUAUCGAUUUCGCGGGAUCCAACAUCAAUUCAUACAACAGCUACACCACCCAUUCACUCAGCCACAGUGUCUCGUCGUCGUCGAUGGAUGUGGGGGUGGUGCCGGAAGGAAAUUCCAUGUCGGAAAUAUCCUACUCGUUGGGGCGGACCAUCAAUUCGAGCGGCGAUGGCUCGCAGGUUGUCGGAAUGGACAGAGAAGCUAGGGUUUUAAGGUACAAGGAGAAGAGGAAGAACCGGAAAUUCGAGAAGACGAUUCGCUACGCUUCUCGAAAGGCGUACGCGGAAACCCGGCCCAGAAUCAAAGGCCGGUUCGCCAAGAGAACCGAAUCCGAGUCAGAUCUGGACCGGAUCUUCGGUGCCGGAGCUGCGAAUUUUAUCGCCGACGCUCGAUACGGCAUCGUUCCGUCUUUCUGAUGGGGAAAGAUUUGUGUCAGUAAUUUUCAGAUAGUUGGAUUUCUUUCUACAUGUGGCAGUAAUAAUUGAAGGGGGGUAAUACCGUAAUAUUAAUAUUAGUAAUUAGUAAUUACUAAAACAAAUGUACUUUUUUUUUUCUUUUUCUUUUUUGUUUUUUAUAAUUUAAUUAUCUGACUGUUGAAAUAUUACUGCUGAUAAAUGUAUCUGUAUCUAUCUAUCUUGAAUCUGGAAAGCCCUGCUACUUUUUUUGUUGACGGGCUUUUUUUAUCUGUAAGUUAUUUAAUUAAGUCAACUUUUAUUUCACAUUAC